CUCACCGGUAAAUACAUCCAGAUGUCUGUUGUUAACCAAACUUAAUAUAAAAAUAAUAAUAAUUUGAAAAUUAUGUUUAAAACGUUUACUAUAGUGUCGGUGGCUCGAGCGAGGACGUUUUAUGUUACGAAAACUAGGUUUCCAAAUUUUUACAGGAACUACUCAAACGAAUCCGUUAAUCGGUCCAAAAAACCAAGUUUGGGUAAAGGUGUAGGGCCGGUAACAUGGCGCAGUUUAGCUAUUGCUUCGGUACUCGGAGGCGGUCUCCUCGGAUUUAUGUUUUAUUUAAAAAGGGAAAAAGAAGCUGCGGCACAAAGGGAAAGGACUAGAAUGUUGGGCAAAGCUGCAAUUGGAGGUCCGUUUGAGCUUGUCGAUUCCAGCGGUAAACUAAGGAAGAAGGACGAUUUUCUCGGCAAAUGGUUGCUCAUUUAUUUCGGCUUUACACACUGCCCCGAUAUCUGUCCGGAUGAAUUAGAAAAAAUGUCUGCGGUAAUAAACGACUUGAAGGCUAUAGAGGAUGGACCUGAUAUCCAGCCAUUAUUUAUAUCUGUAGAUCCCCACCGUGAUACGCCAGAAAUUGUUGGGAAAUAUUGCAAAGAGUUUAAUUCAAACCUCCUAGGCUUGACGGGUACCGAAGAGCAAAUCGCUAAUGUAUGUAAGGUCUUCAGGGUAUACUUUAGUGCCGGGCCAAAGGAUAAAGAUAGUGAUUACAUCGUAGACCACAGCAUAAUUAUGUAUUUGUUAAAUCCAGACGGGGAUUUUGUGGAUUACUAUGGCCAGAAUCGUACCGCCCCUGAGAUUUCAAGUUCGAUUCAAAUCCAUGCUGGAAAGUAUGAAAUUAACAAACGUUAAAUUCACGAUCCACAGGUGUUGCGGAAAAAAGUGUGCUGACCAGUUUUGUGACUGUAUCAAUAAACUUAUCUUUUGCAGUUUGGACUUAAGAUAUAUGAAGAUAUUCUGAGCAUUUAUUUAAUGUUACCAAUAUUGUUACAUAAAAGUUCAAAAUUUCAAUAAAAAUAGCUUAAUUUAA